UUGUCUUGCUAUAGAGGGGUAGUCAUCAUGUUCUUGCUGACGGCAGACGUGUAAGAGGUAGCUAUAUAAGUGGCAGUGGUAGCUGGUCGUAUCUGGAAGGGAAAGAUUUCCUGCGAUCACGGCGAAGACCAAAAGUGGUACUCUUGAUAAACUGCAAAACCAAAGCCAAAUCCUCCUCCUCCCCUUCCAAACCCACCACCACCACCACCACCUCAAACGAACCCAAAAUGUCCGCCUUCACACACCUAGCCGGCGCCCAAACAUCCUUCAAACCUCCCUUGAUCGCAAAUGAGAACGCCUACCUCGGUGACGUAGCCACAUCCACAGACGCAACAGCCCCCAUCUCAGCAGGUUUCUACAGAUUGGAGAAGGGCACGCCGCUGGUCUACGAGUAUACGUAUCAUGAGAUGAAGAUCAUUGUUGAUGGGGAGUUUGAUAUCAGUGAUGAGACGGGCCAGAAGGUGCAUGCUGUUAAGGGGGAUGUAUUUUAUUUCCCAAAAGGGAGCAAAAUCACAUUCACAACCGAAUCUUUCGGAUUAGGAUUCUUCGUUGGACAGAGAAAGGAGGGAACCGCAUAAACACAAGGUAAACAUUGCCAUAAACGAGAUGGAAAGAAACUACGGACUGGGGAAAGAAGCCAGAUAUCACUUUUAUAUCGCGGGACUAGGUCUGGUAAUUAAUGAAUAUACGAAUCUUCA